GCAGCUUUUUCUAUGUGGUGAAGGAUUGAAGGCUCACAGUCACCGAUAGACGCCUUUCACUGCCGAGAUACCAUCGACCAGGUCUAAGCAGCACUGCACUGUUGCCUCCUACUAGACACAGACAACGAAGGCUUCUCGUCACAACCUGUUCCGUCACCACUUCCUGGCGUUGGUCUCCCAUAUCUCUGCCAUGGCGGAGCUCAAUGCUCUGCCGCUCCGGCUGAAGAACUUCUUCGCUCGUUAUCCUCCCCAGCUCUACUCUGCAAAAUUCACAGGCAUCACAAUACCGCUGACGCGGAGAGAAGCGAAAGAAGCAGCCGUCGCACGAGCCGCCGAGCUGCAAAACCAAGUGUCUGCUUUUUCACCACCUUCGCGCCUCGUCGCGAGCAUCCUUGCACAGCCCAUAUCAGUGUCAGCACCAGCAUCUUCUUCACAGUCCGAAUUACCCACGGCAGAGACAACUGAAGAAGCAGUUCCCCCUACACCGACCCCGACAUCGACGCCUAGCACCCUGCAGAAAUACCCGCCAAACCCCUUCCUCCCACGCAAAAACUUCAUCACUGGCCGCUGGGCUGGCCCAAAGAUUGGCCUGCGCCGGCAAGCGGACCUCGUGAACCUCGCAAAGGAGUUCGGUAUCGAAGAGCUCCUUCCACCCGGGCGAAAAUCUUCCGCGUUCAAGGAAGAGCGGCUGCUGCAGAGAGGAUUAAGGAUUAGAGGUACGGGCGAGGGACAAAAGGUCAAGGGUCACAAGUGGGAGAGGCGCAUGGGGGCGACGCUGGAGAAGAGGAAGAAGGCCAUGGAAAGCAUGCCGGAGUUGAUAAGAGAGUGGAAACAGAAGGGCCACGGGCGAGGUUGGAAGAAGUAUCCAAAAUAGACGCUUCCGUUUGGAGCGACUUGCUCGUGGUGUCUACUUGGCUUUGGCAGGGGUGGUACAUCUGUCCGAGGAACAUCCAAUCGCCUCCUCAUUGUUCCAGCCGUCGAACAACUGACUAGCCGCCUCACUGGAUCAAACAAUCACGGCCGCACAUGGAACUUCAGCAAAGGAUGCAAGAGACGGAACACUUCGCUCGGAAAACUCCAUGAAAGCAUUUCUCUGCCUAGAAACCUGAUGCUUUCCUUUGUAUAUCAGACCUCCUCCCGACAUAUGCAGUUGAUUCCAUGAUGGAAUAGCCAUGGGUUGUCCUGUGGUCCUGUAAAAAUAGCCAACCGUACGACUUGAGACUAGAAUCUCGAUAUAAAUCCUGAUGAAAGCCUCAGAUCAUGUCAUUCCGAGCCAGUAACCUUCGUGUGCUGUUGCUUCAUUCCACGUUCCACACUUUAACACAUACCACUCCGAACAGACAGGCAGAGCUGAAAUCGCGCUGCCCGUGCACUAGCAUCCCGGGGGGCCUAG